AACAGGUGUUUCCACAUAACGAGCUGUGACUCACUCGAAGGCCACUGACAAGUCGAUGCGUGUUUGAAGUUCCUUGGACGAAGCGAAACAUUGUUUGUUGUGGAACAUGAUGAGUGACAGGAAGGUGGCCACAGAAAAGUCAGCUGUAUCAGGAGCAUGAAGGCCACUCAAAACAAAAUGUUGUUAAACGUCGUUCAGCAUCGAAAAUAGACAUCUGUAGCUGCAUGGCAAGUGGCGUGUGUGCUGCAGCUGUAUCGAAUCACGAAAUACCAGAGCAAUCAAACUGUGGCGGCAGUCAGUUACGCAUAUGCAUUUGCCGUGGAAGAAAGGGCAAAAUUCAUUGUCGCUCAACUGGCUGGUGGCAAGAGAACAGAGUAAUACUUUCCUGCAUUGCUGAAGACCAUUAAGAGACUAUAGUAUAAAAUCUGUUUGAAGUGCUACUGAAUUGUAUAGAACAUGGCUGUUCCAUCGGAAGCUUCAUGCUGCUCAGUUCCGAGACGAAUGAUUUUUCACAUCUUGGAUGCAGUGUUUCUGAUCACGAUACUGAUUCUUCAAGGAACAAUUCUCAAUUAUUACAUUAUUAAGCACUCGAAGCAUCAUGUCACACCAUACUUUUGGUUCAUUGCAGAUAUUGCUAGUCUUUUUAUUUUUGCUGGAACAUUAACUGUUUCUUACCAGUACCUGACAAAAGUGAAAAACGAUUUUGAUACAGAUACUUUUUUCCUGUCGCCAAAACGUAUUUUACACCAUAAGUUUCCCACAUCUAAACUUGGCAUCAUGCCUUUAAGUUAUGUUUCGUGGAUAAUUUAUAGCACAUUUCAUUUCAGUAAAGUAGCAGUAAUAUUCAAGUCAGGUAUACCUGAUCAUCUGAAAGCAGAUGACUUCUUGGGCAACCAAGCAUUACAGAUAACAAUUGCAUUAUCAGGAAUAAUCUUCAUUUUACUUGCUGAAGGGCAUAAUUGGUCCACUCGCCAGUCUCCUCGUUAUCUUUAUGUAACUUCUGUUGGGUGGAAAACAGGUGUCGAGAUACUGGACACAGUUAAUCUGUUGGCACUGCUGUUGGUAAACGAAACUAAAAUGAUACUGACUUACACAUUAGAAAACUCAGUUCUUAUAGUGUGUUCAUUUAAUUUCUUUUUACCUGCUCUUGCUCUUUACAAAUUAAGCUUGUCCGAUAUGAAUCACGUACGUUUGUUCUUGCCACUUAAUGUUUUGUAUAAUGUUUUGCAUCUUUGCCUAAUUGAUAUACCGUUCUUAGCUAUACGGAUUUACAUAUGGGUUAAUUAUAAUAAGAAUGCAUCCAUAUUUCUUAUGAAAAAUGUUUUUGGCAUUAUAAUGGUUCUUCGGAGUGCGUAUCCUGACCUUCAUGAACUGUUUCAACAAAGAUAUGCCAGUAAGUUAACUUCCAAUCAAGGACACAACAGGGCGACAAAAGAGGACAUUUCAUUGCAUGUUCUUAAUGCUGAUGGUAAUAACUUGCUACAAGAGGUGCAAAGUAGAUGAAAUGUUAUACAUAGAUGCUAAGUGUACUGGCUGUGUAAUCUCUGGCUGUAGUAUUGAUUUACCAUGACACAUGCAGAUCAUGCAUUCAGACUGAAUAAGUAAGUUAGAAAACUUCCCAGCAUGCAUUCAUUGAUAAUGACUGAUAUUUUGUUAGUUAAACGGUAGUUGUUGUCAGACUAUUGCUGCUGAGGGUAACUCUAUUUUUAUAAAACUUUUGGUAUCUUACCAUGAAGCAAUGAAGGCAGUUAGCUAUGUUAUUUCAGGUAUACACUACAAAUCAGUACUGCUAUCAGACUUUUAAACACUUUUCAUUUACUUACGCAUGAAAUGAAGAUUUCAGAGCCACAGAUUUAAGUAGCUGUUCUUCUGUUGUUUUAAUGGGCAUUCUGCUGCAAUUGGUGUGUGUGUGUGUGUGUGUGUGUGUGUGUGUGUGUGUGUGUGUGGGUGGGUACACGUACAAUUUCUUUUUUGUGCAGUUUCGGUUACAUAAAAGCUUUCUACUUAAAAACUUGGUGUUUAGAUUUUCAGUAGCCAUUCAGUCUCAUUCAGUGAUUAAAUCACUUUCAUAUGCAACAAAAUUAAACUUGCUUGCCUUGAAAGCUGAUUAUUGCAUUUUAUAUACAGUUGCGCAACUUUGUAUUGUGGAUAAGAACAUAGCUGCUUUAAUUCAGGAGAUGAUAUGCUGAUCCUGCUCUGAAAAGAGGUCCAAUUGAGGAACUGAAAUGAAGUUGCAGACCAUACUAUAGUCAAAAUUGAGGUGACUACCACAGAACUGAUUUUGUACAAAUGGUUUUUACUGUAAGCACAAAGAAAUAAGAGAGAAAGUUUAUCAAAUGGAUCUGGGGGCAGGCAUAUGAACCGAGAAGCAACAAUGUGCUAUAUUGAGACUGAGUCUUUCAUUCACCAACAUAGUGUAUGUUGUGAUGACAUUUCUUAUAGAUUGAAACUGAAUCCAGAUUGCAAUUUAAAGAUGGAGAAAGGGUGAAGUGGUUAGCAUACUGGGUUCUAAUUCAGUAGGACAGAAGUUCAAAUACCUACCCAUCUUGCCUGUUGGAUUUAGAUUUUCUGUGGUUUCCCUGAAUUGCCUGAGGCAGACACUAGGAUGGUUCCUUUGAAGGAAUUGGGCAGUUUGCUUUCCAAAUGAGACAAUUUUCUUAAUAUCUAAUGACAUUGUCAUUGACCGAACAUUAAAUCCUAAACUUACUUCCUUUUUGAACUUUUGCUUUGUCUUUCACUGUGUUAUGUGAUUUUCAGAAUUUGUCUUUGUUAUGGUCAGUAACAGGAAACAUAUUGUCUAGUUUAUUGAUGGUAGAUUAGAAAAGAAACUGCGGAAAGCACUGGUUGUUGGGAUCUUUUGUCAAAUAACUGGAUCACACCAUUUUGUCUUUGUGAUGUUACUUUGAUGUUGACAUACUAUUGUUCCAUGUAUUUGAAAAGAAGUUUGCUGCUAAUCCUUAGUGAUGCUAAUAAAUAUUUUAAAGUGCCUUCCUUGGUCAUUUACUAAGCAAAGUGAUGAAGUUAAUGCUUUGAAUUUGCUUUUGGAAGGGUUAAAAUCCCUCUUCAGCAAUCCAGAUUUAAGUAUUUCAUUGUUUCCUUAAAAUUACUUAAGGUAAAUGCUAAAUGUUUCAUUGAAUAGACCACAUCUGAAUGACUUACACGUCUUGUCCAUCUGCGAUAGUGUUCAGUCUGUAGUGACCAGUCUGGCAAGGGAACAUUUUACUCUAAUUCUUCUUGUUUAACACAUACAAAAUGUGACUGGUUUCAGUGCAAAGUGAAAGAUAGGCAUCCAGCACUAGCAGCAGGAAAAGUAAUGUUACAAAAAUACCAUAAUAUUGGAGAAAUGAUGCUAGGGAUGUGAAAGAUAGGCAUCCAGAACUAGUAGCAGGAGAAAUAACAUUACCAGAAUACCAUAAUAUUGGAGAAAUGGUGCUAGGGAUGAACUUAGAUAUUUCGUGGCGGCAAAGUCAAGCAAGUGAAAUAACUAAAAUACCUACACUUUGUUGAUAGCUCUAGUUGCUUUAAGCUUAAAGCCAAAUUAAAAUAAAUAAAAGUUGUGAUAGUUAUGGCGUUGAGACUUUUGUAUUUGUAUGGUGCAUAUGGCCAAGGGAAUUCUGUGGUGGGUUGAAACAAAUAAGAAAACAUAGAGAAAAUGAUGUAUCGGAAAUAACAAUAAAAUAUUGGCUGGAACAAAAUGGAUGCAUAUAGAUUAUGACCACUCUGCAUGGAAAAGUCCAGAGGAAUCCAGCAGUGGAUAUCAAACAGCAUUGGUGGCUGCUACUGCUGCUGCUCUGGCGGCGGUGGUGGUGGUGGUACAGCUGACCGUCCUGCCUUCUUUAUGAGAACAGCCAAUACUCUUUGAGAGCAAUAUCAGUGCUUUUCCAUACCAGAUAAUUUCAGGGAAAGAAGUUGAUAUCUAUGUUACCAAAUGGCUAAAAUGAUCGCCUGGUCCCAGUUGUUGAUUGCCUAUGUAAUAGCUUCUAGGGGCAACAGAAUUUGGACCUUGAGCUUUCUGUAUUUUUAGUGAUAGAAUCUGAAAAUUUAAAAUGUUGUCAUAUUCUAUUCAGUAAGGGUAUAAUGUUCCAUCAAAGAUUUAACACAAUAUAUUAGGUAUUAAAGUCUAAAACAUUUUAUAUGCCUGGAGUCUGUGCAGUUCACAGCAUGCAAUUUACCUAGACUAUAUUCAUCCAGUAUAUGAAAAUGAGAACAAUUAGUUUCUUUUAACAAACUUUGCGCAAAAUUUCAAACCUUUUUGAAACUUUCUCUUGCUGACACACCAUACAGAAUCAUGAAAGGAAAAAGUUUAUCACUUACUUUAUUUUCAGACUACAGAACCAACCAUGAUGUUUUACUUUAUUACUUCUUUACUGUUAACUCCAUUCGCAACAUGUUUUUUAGACAGGAUCCACGUAUACCACUGAAUGGAUCUACAAGAUUGUAUCGUUGUAUGACUCACAGUUUAGGAGAUACAAAAUCAUCAACAUUAACUCAUUUGGAAAGAAUCAGACAUUUGAAGCUGAUUUAUGCAUAGGAGUUUGAUUCUUUAAAGAAUCAAAGCUGGGCUACUACCCUAUUUACUCGAAUCUAAGCCACACUCAAAUCUAAGCCGCACCUGAAAAAUGAGACUCGAAAUUAAGGGGAAAAAAUUUUCACUAAUCUAAGCCGCACCUGAAAUUUGUGACUUGAAAUUCUUAAAAGUUUUAGACCGCACCUCCAAAUCGAAACAAAAUUGGUCCAUUGUAACAGGAGACAUAAUUUAGGUCGAAUGGAUGAAGGUACAGCUACAGUAGUAUGGUUUGAGCCAUAAGCUUAACAGUUAAGUUUUACCAAGUAGCUAUUGCUAUGUGUCAGACACUCCAUCCGUAUUUAUAAGGGUACCCUUCUUUUUUCAUGUGCUUCGUCUCUUCUGAAUCGAUUGCUUAUUUUGCUUUGAUCUUAUAAGUGCUGUUCUCUUUGUUAUAGGUGUUUACGUCACUCUAAGCUGAAAAUGCAUUAUUUUACUGUGUCAUGCAUUAUUAGUCGCAUUCUGAUAAUGAGUGUUCAUGAUCUGUCACUGCUCGUGACAUGGCUUGCUUUUGUGCGUGCUACCGCGGAUUACAACUAAAAAAAAAAAAAAAAUAGAGGAAUUGUCUCAUAAGCGAAACAAUGGCAAGAGACUGCUAUUUGUUGUUUCUUACACUGCUGCUUUCUUUGAUAAUGAUCAACAAGAACCAAAUAACAGACUGUGUUUGAUAAUGAUGUUCUGAUUGCGAGUUUAGCGAAAAAUUUUCUCCGUUUGAAAAUCUUUUCAGACGCCUCUUUAGUACUUUACUUUCUGCACAGAAAUUAGUCAUCUUAGAUUUAAAAAUCUCAUCAGUUGCUGUGCUUCAUUUCUGACUCUGUCAAUAUUCAGCAUAAUAAUACGAAUAUAAACGUGACAUGAUAUGUAUAUUCUUUCGUGUUUGCUGUUGUCUCACUCUAGUUUCGUAGUUUACUAGGCAGACAGGAUUUAAAUGAGAUAGCAGCAAACACGAAAGAAUACAUGGCAUAAUGUUACCUUUUUUUUAAAAUUUAUUUACUGACGCAAAGGUUUUGGCGCCAGUAUUUUUGUGCCUGCAAAGCAUGCCUGUGUAGCGCUACAUAUAUUCAAUGGCAGAAGUUAGUUGUGGCGGCACCUACCAACAUUUUUCAGAAGUUCCGCUUACUUUGCCCUUGAUUCUAAGCUGCGGGCAGUUUUUUGGAUUACCAAAACCGGAAAAAAAGUGCGGCUUAGAUUCUAGUAAAUGCAGUAAUUUAAUUCUAUGCAACAAAAUCUGGAGUGCAGAUGAUGUUGAAAAAUAUCUCUUAUUCCUCUUCGGUACGUAACAAUGAAAAAGUUUUAUGUUUUGUGUCAAUAGAAAAACUCAUUCAAGAAGACUAUUAAGAUACAGUAUGGCUGGCCUGUACUUACCUUAAGGAGGCAAAAUUCCAGUUCACUAGAGGAAGUGUGGAAACUAAGAGCUUUAUUUUCCCCUUCUGCCACUCCAUCAUCUUUCUAACAGUUCUUAUGCAUUUUUUUUGUUAUAAUAAAUGGAAUGGCAUUUUGUUUAAAAAUUUCUGUGAGCUUUUCACUGAAGAGCAGCUUUUCUGGUGAUUUCCAAGUACACUACUGGCCAUUAAAAUUGCUACACCAAGAAGACAUGCACAUGAUAAACGGGUAUUCAUUGGAUAAAUAUAUUAUACUGGAACUGACAUGUGAUUACAUUUUCACGCAAUUUGGGUUUAUAGGUCCUGAGAAAUCAGUACCCAGAUCAACCACCUCUGGCCGUAAUAACGGCUUUGAUAUGCCUGGGCAUUGAGUCAAACAGAGCUUGGAUGGCGUGUACAGGUACAGCUGCCUAUGCAAUUUCAACAUGAUACCACAGUUGAUCAAGAGUAGUCACUGGCGUAUUGUGACAAGCCAGUAGCUUGGUCACCAUUGACCAGACUUUUCAGUGGGUGAGAGAUCUGGAGAAUGUGCUGGCCAGGGCAGCAGUCGAACAUUUUCUGUAUCCAGAAAGGCCCAUACAGGACCUGCAACAUGCAGUCGUUUAUUAUCCUGUUGAAAUGUAGGGUUUUGCAGGGAUCGAAUGAAGGGUAGAGCCAUGGGUCGUAACACAUCUGAAAUGUAACGUCCACUGCUCAAAGUGCCGUCAAUACAAACAAGAGGUGACAGAGACGUGUAACCAAUGGCACCCCAUACCGUCACGCCAGGUGAUACGCCAGUAUGGCGAUGACGAAUACUUUCUUCCAAUGUAUGUUCACCGCAGUGACGCCAAACACAUAUGCGACCAUCAUGAUGCUGUAAACAGAACCUGGAUUCAUCUGAAAAAAAGACGUUUUGCCAUUCGUGCACCCAGGUUCGUCGUUGAGUACACCAUCGCAGGCACUCCUGUCUGUGAUGUAGCGUCGAGGGUAACCGGAGCCAUGUUCUCAGAGCUGAUAGUCCAUGCUGCUGCAAACGUCAUCAAACUGUUCGUGCAGAUGGUUAUUGUCUUGCAAACAUCCCCAUCUGUUGACUCAGGGAUCGAGAUGUGGCUGCACAAUCCAUUACAGCCAUGUGGAUAAGAUGCCUGUCAUCUCGACUGCUAGUGAUAUGAGGCCGUUGGGAUCCAGCAGGGUGUUCCAUAUUACCCUCCUGAACCCACUCAUUCCAUAUUCUGCUAACGGUCAUUGGAUCUCGACCAACGUGAGCAGCAGUGUCGCGAUACGAUAAACCUCAAUUGUGAUAUGCUACAAUCCAACCUUUAUCAAAGUUGGAAACGUGAUGGUAAGCAUUUCCCCUCCUUACGCGAGGCAUCGGAACAACAUUUCACCAGGCAACGCCGGUCAACUGCUGUUUGUGUAUGAGAAAUCAGUUGGAAAGUUUCCUCAUGUGAGCACGUUGUAGGUGUCGCCAGCGGUGCCAACCUUCUGUGAAUGCUCUGAAAAGUUAAUCAUUUGCAUAUCACAGCAUCUUCUUCCUGUCGGUUAAAUUUCGCGUCUGUAGCAGGUCAUCUUCAUGGUGUAGCAAUUUUAAUGGCCAGUAGUGUGUGUUUAUUGGGAGUUUGUAACCCUUUUACACAGACUGUCAGCUAGUGACAACCCAAAUGUCAUGAAUGAAUUUCUUGUCUCUUAUUUCACUGAUGUAACCUUUUCCAUAAUUUUUCCCAAUCAUUUAGAUUCUUCAGAACACCUAGUACGAUACUCAUUUAGUUCUGAGACUACAGAAAUAUCACUUAUGGUCUGAAAUGUUUGUUAACUUUCAUUGGUGAGGCUAGACAGGCAAUGCUGAAUUUAUUCCAUCCAUCCCACUUAUCAUGGCACACUUUGCAGGGUGGAUCAUCUUCCUCUGUUCCACAGUUCCGCCCCCCCCCCCCCCCCCACCUCACUUUAAAUUCAGACAAGAAAUAAGAGUAUGAGCACUGCGUAACUGUCUGUUGAGACCUCUCUCAUACUUUACUCACAUACAGGUGAAGAAAAUAGGAUACUUGAUGUGAAAACAUAUUUGUAAGAAGUUGACAGUGUCGUAUGAUAUGUUUAUUAAUACAAUGUUCCAUCUUGAACUCUUUUAUUUAUGUAUGUCAUAAAAGUUCACAUGUUCCAGUCUAUGGCAUCAUCAGAAUCUUUGAAAUAUGAAUAAAGAGAACAAGUGAUAAACAAUUUUAUACGAAACCUUACAUAUCAACACAUAUAACAACUGGAGCAUACCACAUUUAAGAGCGCAUUCAUACAUAGAAUCCUGUCAGAUUUCUGUGUAUGAGCGUGUACCACAGACUAGUGUUGUGUGUUCAAUGAGGCAGUGUGUAAAUGAUACAGAACUGAGACUGACAGCUGAUGCUAUUACAAUGUUCAAACACAACACCUUACAUUAUUAUUUACAGUGUCAUUCCCUUAUUAUAAAUAUUAAGAUACUAAUAAAAUGUACCAUUGACUUGAACAACUGAAAAAAAAAAUUAUGGAAGUGAAGUCUAGCCUUGGCUUGCAAAUGUAAGUUAAAACAAAACAUAGUAUUUCUAAUUGAUUAAUGGGACCUGUCUUCUCACGAUAACAGCUUUGCUUUGAUCUCUCAGGGUUUCUUGGCAUGAUUUAUUAAAAAAAUGUCUCUGCUAUAUAGACAGGAGCACACUAUUGAUAGUUUUGUUUGGUUUUACGAAGACGUGUUUCACCACAGUUGUGAUGUCAGUACUGGGUGUUUCUCUUCAUUUCUACUGGAAGUAAACAUGCAAAAUGUGCCUGAAUUUUGAACCUGUGUGACUAAAUUUACUAUUAUAGGACACUGUUUGUUUACCAUCAUAUUUCACAGGUUAAGCAUAUAUGCUUUUUCCAGUCGUAUCGCUGUACCUCUUCCUUGGAUUUCCUGAGCAUUUAUUGCCUAUCAGUUGGUAUUCAAUAACUUGGCUUGGUAGCCAGUCAUUCCCCAUUCAAAGAUCUGGUAAAGUUAUUUUUGCCAGUAUUGAAAUUAUUUACUCUUUGGUUAUGAUGUGCUGUAUAUCCAUGAGAAACUAACAAACUUUCUCUCAAUGUCACAAUCACUUUAACAUGUGAUAUUUUGCAGCCUAGGUAAUUAAAGUUUGAUAUUUGCUCUACACAUUUGCCAUCUAAGCGUAUAUUUGCUUGUAUAAUUUCAGUUCCCUUAGAGGCUAUAACUUUGGUUUCAGUUUUCAAGAUUUCACAGAAGUUUUGAAUCCACUGUGUUAAGCAGUAGAUGGAUUACUCUACAUAAAUUAUCUUUGAAGAGACAAUGACAACCUUGGCCUUCAGUGAAGGGCAAAAUAUUAAUUAAGCACUAGAUGAAAAAGACUGGUAACAGGCAGCAAUCUUGUCUAACAUCUUGACUGUUUAUUGUAGGCCUUAUCUUAUGGUCUUAUAAUUGAAAUUGUUUAAGAGAAUUUAGGUGUAUUUGCAGAGGCUUUUAGAACUUGUACCAAGUACUCUGAAUGUUCUUAUUGUGAGGUACUUCCCGGUCAGUUUUGUGUAACCUUGUUAAUUAUCCUACCUGUACCAGCAAUCAGUUGUUUUUUGAUCUGAUUAGGCCAGCUUGGAGUUCUUCCCAUGCUAUAUUGCGUGUGAUGUUAUCUUCAGUGUCAUCUGCAUUUUGAGUUUUUUUCCUCACUGAGAUCAUACUGCAAGCUUUUGUAGUGUUUCUCCAAUUCAGUAUGUCCCUCACAUUUAUGUGAGCUCUUUCUUCAUCUUAUUUUGUAAGGUGUUUUGUACAAAUUAUUUGUGAUCAUAGUCGUGAACUCUCUGUUUGAAAUGAGCUAUUUGGUGUUUUAGAACUUUUUUUAAUGUAUCAUAACAUGGCUUCCAUGAAAAUAAAAAAGUUGAAAGUGUGUUUAUUUCUGCUAAACCUCAGAAAGUCAAAGCAUCAGCUCACUUAGCAGCCAUUCACAUUUUAGUACUGUCUAAAAGUAAGUUUCUAAACUUUAAAUGCUUUACUGAUAAGACAGCUCAGGCUGAAAAAUUUGUCAAAAGCAGUAUUAAAUUGCAAAAGCUUGUGGUUGCUACAAAUCCUUUUGGUAGUUUGUAGAAAACUAGUGCUAGCGGAGCAUAAGCAUUCUAAGAAAGUUUAAUAAAGGAGUACUACAGUACAAAUCAAAAUGAAUUUGUUCAGAAGGGAAAGGAAGGUAACAUUGUGUUUUCAAAUAAAGUAUAAAAAAUUACAGGAAAAAUUGGGUGUUGGAAGGUUUAUUACAACAGCAAAGUAUUUUAUUGUGGUAUAUUCCUAGUUACCAGUUAAAGCUGGUUAUUGAAACUUUGCUUUAUUAUAACCUUCUGUGUUAAUGAUUCACCAGCAACAUGUUUAAGGGCAAAAUUAUGAAUGUUCACAAUUAUUUUGUCAUUUUUUAAAUCAAAUGUGUAACAUAUUUUAAAUGUUAUAAUGAAACAAGUCAUCAGUUAUAUUUCCAUUUUAAUAAUAAAAAACAUAGAAGUAAUAUUUCCACUUCAACUAGUUUCAUGGCGUACUGCACAUUAUUGGAUAAAUUUUGACAUACUUUUAGGUCUCUCUUGCCAUGGUUAAUCUAAGUUUGAAAUUCAGCCUGUAGCAUUGUUUAUUUGUGUUUCCUCUACAUUGGAGGGUUUGUUUGGGUUAGCUUUUCCUUGUGAUGUCAACAGAGAUAAAAGACGUUAGAUGGUGCGUAUAUUAUCUCAAAAUACUGGUAAUGCACCUUUUUGUGCUAGAGAGUGUGUAACAGAGAGAGGUAGAAUUUCUGGUUCAUAAAUACAGGACAUUUUGCCCUUGGAGAUGCUUCCCAGUUAUUGGUGGUUGUGAAGAAAUGUGGAUUUAAAAGUGUAUUUACUGGGAAUAUGACCAAUAUCUCAUCACCGCAUAAAUCAUUGUGAAAUUAUUUGUAAGAUAAGUAAAUGAGCAGCAUUUUCAGUUAUAAAUUAUUAUAAUUCAAUGUAAAGAGAAUCCCAGCUCCCUGUUGUGAUAUCUAAUAUAACACACAAACAUGUGACUUUCAAGCAGUGUGAACACUUUUUCGUGUAUAAAGUUUUGGAUUAUGUAUUCAGCAAUCAACUGCACUUUAUUGCUAAAUUUUUAUUUAGUUGGUUGUUGAUAUGUUCAUAGUUUGAUUUGCUUUCUCUAUCAUAAGAAACAUGUGACAUUUCUGUGUUGCACAUCACAUCCAGUAACAACAUAACACUGAAGUAAAUAAUUCUGUAACUUUUAUAUGCUUCCUUAAUUUGAUAGUUGUCUUUUGAAACAGUUCAUUUCUUAUUAAGCCUAUGUUCUUUAGUGUUGUACAGCAUCUUUCCUCUAAAAUAUCAGCAACGCACUUCAUAUGAACUGAUGCAAGAGAGUUGUAUGCUGGAUUCUUUGUGCAACCAUCACUAGUCUUCCUCACACUACUCUCAAAUGUAUAUUGUGUCUGAGGUCGUGUUUUGACAGCCUAUACUGUUUUGUCCUUUUUCUAACAAUGAGAUACAUGUAUUGUAAAAUAAUUAGUUUUGUACUUUUUAUAAUUUGUAUUAUUUUUAAUUGAAAAUGGGUUUUUAAUGUACCUGAGUUAUUCUGCCUUAUUUUUCAAGACUGCUCUGAGCCAUUUCAGAUGUUUAUGAUCAUUUGGCAGUUUGUAUGUGAAAUAUGAUGCCAUUACUAUUAAGACAAUAAAAGAAAUUAUUUACUUUCACAUAUA